GUCUAGAUUGGUUCCAAACUCUUUAGCUUCCCCAUCAUCCUCGUGGACAACAUAAUCAACCAUCCAAACUGACAGAAAAUUGAUGAAAAUUAGAUCAAUAAAAAGAGUGUAGAAUUUACUAAGAAAAAAGAUUUGUUGAUGGCAUAAGUGUUAAAAAUCUUUGUUAUGAGAAUUAAUUGCCUUAAAAGAGAUGGAGUGAUACUUAGUUAAAAGCCACUGCGGGAGAUCUACCGGCUGAUGUAGCACCAAUUAAUUGCCCUCGAGAGACUUGAUGGGAUCGGGUGAUACGUGCCAUCUGGCUGGCGCCAGCAAGCCCAUGAACUCGGUUCUCACCUUCCAAUGGAGCAAGAAAAAGCGGGGCAGAGCAACAAAUGGCGCGCGGGAAGGAGAUGGACCGCCGCGAUUUUUUUACUACGAGGCGAAGGAGCGACCGCCUACAUCCAAUAGCAAAGGGCCGUUCCCGUUCCCCUUCCCCUUCCCCUUCCCCAUUCCGAGCAAUGGCUUUCUGGGGGGUUGAAGUAAAGCCCGGAAACCAUUACAUGCAUCUUUUCAACGAUUUUCAGGGACGACUUCGUAUCUGCCAGGCAACAUUGGGGAGUGGCAGUGCGGUGACGAAGAGCGUGCUGCAAUGCAUUGUCGGCAAUAGAAGCCCCAUCUUACUGUGCAGCUUGAUUCCUAAUGUGGUUGAGACAUGCCAUUUGGAGCUCGAGUUCGAGGAGGAUGGCAAGGUCAUCUUCUCAGUUCUUGGGGAAAGAAGUGUGCACCUCUCUGGUUACUUUCUUCGUCCUAAGAUUCUCAUGGGUGGGGAUGAAAGUGAUUCAUAUGGGGAGGACAUCGGUGAAGAGGAUUCAAGCAGCUACGAUAAGUAUGAAUCUGAAUUUACUGAUGAUGGUGAUGAUGAUUUUCGAUGCCAGCCUGUUGUCAAGUCUAAGAGCUCCAUGGAAUUGGAAAAUGGAGAGAAAGAUGGCUUCCCGAUAUCUUUUUUCCGAAGAAAGAAAAUUUCUGCUAAGACUGCUGAUGGGAACAGUAAAUUAGGUGAUUCAACAAUCCAUGGAUUACUGGAAAGCGAAGAGGAAGAUGGGAAUUCUAAGCCUGCAGAAGGGAAUGCUGAAACAGGUGCUGCGGCAGUUGAUGAGGAAAAGAAAAGGAAGAUCAAUGCCAUCAGUGAAGGCCUAGAAUCUGCAAGGGUAACUUUCCAGCCAUGUGAUUCUUCACUGCUGCCUUCUGAGAUGAGAUUUGAAAACAAUGGCAUCCCAAAGAAGAAAAAGAAAGUUAAGGAUGGAAAACCUCUUGAAAUGAUAUCUAAUGGGGAAAGGGUAAGAGGUGAUCCAGAGCAAGAUAGGGAUGAUACAGAGGUUGCAUGGUGA